AUUUCUGCUCAAAAGAAAAAGUUAGUAAUAAAAUAUACAUUGCAAUAGAUUUGUGCUAAUCAGUGUCCAAUAGCGACAACAGACCAUUGAUGUGGCUUUCCCAUCCGACUUUCUCGAGAACUCGGGAUCCUUGUCCGCGAUUGUCAACCAUCCAUGCCCGUCUCGAAUGGUAACAGCAUGUAACAGUCACAGAGGGUGCAGUUAGAGAUUGUGAUUCAGCGUGUCGUCAAAGAGAGCAUGGAAGAGCAUGGAAGAGCAUGCUCUGGUCAGGACAGGACGACAAGGCGUGUCCUAUGCUCACAAAGAUCUGCACCUGCAAUGGUUCUGCAUCUCUGUCAUUGGCGCGCGCGGCCGACGUGGACGCCAUGCUGUCGACUCCUGCGAUGCGAGGGGUCGAGAAGGACUCUCGUUGCGUUUGCCAAAGCCGGAGCUGUGGGCCCACGAUCCGGGCCGCGCCCCGUGCUGCCGCUGGUCUCUCGAGGCCUUGUGCCACUACUGUGCGCAAGAUUUCGCCUCAUCUUCCGCGCCUCGGAUCCGUCUCUGGUGAAUUUGGUGCGUGGGAUGCAAUAUGGCGACCGCCGUGGGGGCCACGGCUGUGAUGAAUCCGCUCAGCUGGCGGGUGGAAUCAGCUGCUGGUUCUGGCAGUCCUGUGGAUGUAAGGCAGAGGCUUGUGCUGCGAUCGCGAUUGAGUUUUUUCCCUUCCUACUUCGCCAGGAUGCAGGGGACUCGCUCCCUCCAGCCUUCCAAGAACCUCGAGUUCGGAGGUGCUGAGCUUUUGAGGUGGAAGAAGGCCCUCUUGUCGACAACCUUGCUUGUGCCUGCGCUCUCUACUCCUCGGAGGGCGGUGAGAUUCCAGAUACGUUCCAAGUCAGGUGACACCAAAGUGGCCACGAAGCUGUCAAAAAUCAAUCUCGAUGAAUAUAUGGUCACUCUGGACAAACCUGUCGGCAUUCGAUUCGCGCAGACGUUGACUGGAAAAGUGUAUGUCGAGGCCCUUGCGAAAAAUGGGAAUGCGGACAGAACUCGCAUUGUCAUGAUAGGGGAUGUUCUGAAAAAGACGAGUGCUGUUUUCGGUGAUCAGCUGUGGGAUGUAAAUGACUUCGGGCGAACAAUGCACGCAAUCAAGUCACGGGUUGGUUCUGUGAGCCUAGUAUUUGAGAGGUCCCCGCCAGUUUGCCGGUCCACGUUUGCUAAUAGUGAAGCACCCUUUAACGUGGGGAGAGUUGCCCUUUCUACAUGGAACAACAGCAGUCUGGUUGAGCCUUAUCAACCGUCAGUGAAACCUCAUGGAGGGAAUGUUGGUUUCGCUACAUUUUCCUCCAGAUAUGUUUUGCCGAAAGAACUCCACCGGCUCGCACGUCUGAAAGCAUCUCAGGACGGUGAGGAUGAGGAUUCUUACACUCACUUUGGGCGUAUGUCGAAGGAUGCACGGUAUGGUGAUGAAGAGACGUACGAAGUAAUCGGUUCUUUUAGUGAUGAAGAUUUGUCAGAUGGGGAAAUAGAGUGGACUCACGGCAGCUAUAAUGAGGAAGAAUAUCUGAACGCUCUGGAGAGGUCCGAAACUGACUUGACAUAUAAUCCGUCCCGGGGAAUAAGUUACUCAAAGAUUACGGAUCAUAUAAUUGUUGGCUCUUGCAUUCAUAAUGAUGAAGAUCGUCGCCUUCUUAUGGACAGAUUGGGAAUCACUGCCGUUUUGAAUUUGCAGCGAAAGAGUGAACAGUCAAAUUGGGGCAUUGAUGGAGAUGCCAUUGAACGGGCCGCAAAAGAGGAUGGUAUCAUAAUGGUCAACUGUCCAAUAAGGGAUGUCGACUCAGUGGAUCUACGGCGAAAACUUCCUUAUGCUGUGGGGAUCUUAUAUCGGCUGCUACGGCAAGGUCGCCGAGUAUACGUGACAUGCACCACAGGCUUGGAUCGCUCACCGGCCUGUGUCAUUGCCUACUUGCAUUGGAUACAAGACGUAGCUCUUCAAGAGGCGGUGGACUACAUCAAAAGGCUCCAUCCUUGUGGACCAGACAUGCCAGCUCUAGUUUGGGCCACUUGGGAUCUUAUUGCUAUGGCGGAACAAGGAGUUGAACACAAGGGACCUCCGACCCAUGCUGUACAGUUCGUUUGGAAUCAUGGGUGCCGAGAGGGUGAAGAGGUUUUGCUGGUGGGAGAGUUUAAAGGCGGGUGGAAUGAGCCCAUAAAAGCAGUGCAUGCGAGUGGGCCGAAGUACACGGUGGACCUCCACUUGCCACAAGGAAAGUACAAUUACAAGUUCAUUGUUGGUGGUCAUUGGAGACAUUCUAGCAGUCUGCCUACUGAAGUGGACAAAUGGGGCAAUAUCAACAAUGUGAUAAAGAUUGGCGAUGUAGCUUCAUUCAAAUUUGACUCUCCAAAACGCGGCCACAUUAAGGAUCUGAACACUAUCAAAGUCAUAGAAAGGCCUCUUACCGAAGAUGAGAGGUUCACUUUAGCUUUUGCUGCCCGGCGCAUGGCAGCUGGUAUUGAUCCUUUUACGUUUACACCGAAGAAGAGGUAGCAGAGUCAGAGCUUGUAUCAUUUAUAGGUGCUUUUAGAUUAAUCUGAGAUUUGCAAUCCUGUGCCGCCUUGUAUGAUGUCUUCAGGGCUUUUAGGUGAACAUGUACAUAAUCUAUAUCUUUGAUAUCUUUAAUAUCUACUUCUUUCAGUGUUCAGAACUUGGUUGGCCAAUCAAUU